AUGGAGGCUCUGACCUACAAUUAGAAAAAUCGAGAAAAGAUUCCUUCCAAGAGCUAUUUUUUGAGCUUGGAAUCAAGUGCAUAUAAAUUUAAUUGUUUCUUUAUAAGGUCUAAUAGAUGCAGUAAGAGCAGGUAAGUCUGCUAGCCAGGCAACUUUAUUUUAGGUAAAACAAGAGCAGGUAGCAACUUGGUGAAGGGUCUUUAGACUAUAGGUGUAAGUAAAUUUACUCAGUCUUGGAUGUAGUCAGAAAAGAAGCUGAAGUAUAUGAUCGGUUAUAAGGAUUCUAAAUUGGAUAAUAUUUUAGAAUAAAACCCCAUAAUAGACUUGUUAAAAUUAAUUUCCAUAAGCUUCAAUCAGAAAUUUAAAAUUGAUAAACCCCACAUAUAACGAUUGGAAUCAUGUGGUCUCUGCUGCAAUGUCAUGGAUUCCUAAUAAUAUGAGGUACUCGUUUUAUGA